AUGCGUUUCUCCGCCCUCUUCCUUGCCGGCGCCGCCUCGGCCGCCGUCAUUGAGCGCCAGACCUUGAUCACUCCUCAGGUCCCCGACGCCAGCGACAUCAAGAUCCUCGGCGUCACUGCCAUCGGUACUGGCUGCCCUGCUGGCCACGCCUUUGUCAACGUUGACGCCACUGGCACCAUCUUCGAUGUUGCCUUUGACAGAUACAUUGUCUCUGCCGGCCCUGGCACCAGCCCCGCCACUGACAGCCGCAAGAACUGCCGCAUCAGCAUCAACCUGCAGUUCCCCUCAGGAUACCAGUUCUCCGUCAUCGAGACCCGCUUCACCGGUUAUGCUUCCCUCGCCCAGGGCCAGACCGGUACCGUCCGCGCCGGCUACACCUUCUCCGGCGACCCGCGCCAGGAGGUUGUCUUCCAGAAGAACCUCGUCGCCCCUUACGAGGACAACUACAACAUGCUCGCCGGCGUCGGUGUCGAGGCCUUCUCCGCCUGCGGCAAGACCACCGCCAUCCUCAACGUCAACUCCGAGAUCCGCAUUACUCCUCUUGCGACCCCCUACUUCGGAACCAUGACUGUUAGUGCUCCCCAAAAGCUCGCGCUCAAGUGGCGCCGUUGCGUUCCCACGUCAAGCGCCUGA